CAUCCACGAGCGUUUGCCUCGAGCCUCUCACUUUCGCUAAGGAGAACGCGAGACGGACCUAGAAAACGUUUGCAUGUCCAGCCAAACCCCGCGCCUGCCGUACAAGGUCAUUCGCAAGAUUCCAGACGGUCAAGUAGCGAUUUAGGACUAGUGAUCCGGUGCUGAAGUAUGGCAAGCAAUCAAGACGAGGGCCGCCGGCAGGCGAUGCUGGAAAAACAGCGCAAGGAUAUGAUGGACGAUAUAGCUAGACAGAAGGAGGCCUUGCAACAGGAAACCGAGCGAAGGAGCCAAACCACUGCUGCCAGAUUCACCUCGCGAACCGAGGGCGUGGACGAGCAGCUCAAGAAGUCGACCAUCGGUCUCGUAACGCUCGAGGACUUUCGGAAAACGCGAAACGAGAUUGAAGAGGCUCAACGUAGAGAAGCUGCUCAAAAACAAGACGAAGAGGCGACCAAGUCGGCUCUGAAGAAGAAAAAGAAGAAGGAAAAGAAGGAGCGACCCGCAUUGAGUUUCAAUAUCGACGAGGAAGAGGAGGAUGAGGAUGCAGGGUCAAGCAGUAGGAAGCGAUCCAACGGCGAUUCAGAAGAGGCACCGCUGAAAAAGGCAAAGCUCUCCAAGAACCCUACCAUCGAUACUUCAUUCCUCCCUGACCGAGAUCGGGAAGCUAGGGAACGCCUGGAGCGAGAACAACUGCGAAAAGAAUGGCUCGAUAAGCAGGAAAAGCUGAAAAACGAGGCGAUCGAAAUCACGUACAGUUACUGGGAUGGUACAGGUCAUCGAAAGACGGUAGACUGCAAGAAAGGUGACAACGUCGGGCAAUUCCUGGAGAAAUGCCGAGCUCAGUUCCCGGAACUGCGAGGAACAAGCGUAGACAACAUGAUGUACAUCAAAGAGGAUCUCAUCAUCCCUCACCACUAUACCUUCUACGAUUUCAUUGUCAACAAGGCUCGAGGAAAGUCUGGACCUCUGUUCAGCUUUGACGUGCACGAUGACGUGCGAAUGCUGCACGAUGCCACAAAGGAGCGUGACGAGUCGCAUGCCGGAAAGGUCGUUGAACGAUCAUGGUACCAGCGAUCAAAACACAUCUUCCCAGCAUCGCGGUGGGAAGUGUAUGACCCCGAUAAGGACUACGGUGCCUAUAAAAUCGGUGGUUCCUGAUUGACGACAACAGGACUGGCGAUAUCCAGAUGCGAAGCCAACCGGGGUUGCGAACCUCACUCUUUCUCUCAAUCGAAUUGUUCACCAUCGUCACCAUGCAUACCUAUCUUACUGUAUCAAUCCGGUUUCCCAUCUAGACUGUCCCAAGCCCAGAUCGUGCCUGACCGAACCGAUCAGCAAUUGCACAAAAGCCAACGUUUUUGGCCGGAACUGCCCAAGUGGAAGCAAAGUAUCGAGCAAGCAUGGCCUUUAACCUGGAUGUGCACCGUGACCCCGAAUGUCCGG